AUAGUAUUUGGUCUAGCGUUAUACACCUUAGAUCAUAAUAUUAUACUAUCAUACACCUCAUGUCAUUCCGCUGUGCCCCCCGUGGAUAAAUGCCAAAUGUCACAAUUACGACCAAUAAGGGGGCAGGAUGCAUACUGCAUACUGAAAUGAUAAUGACAACCGGCUGCCGACAGGACGUGAAGAUAUAUGGUUGAAUAGUUAAACCUGACGUGUAAUUUAGCUACUGCCUCAAACAAAUAAUGGAAACUAGUUACAUCAGCAAUGGUCUGUCCAGUCCUCUUAGUGCUUCUUCACCUCUAAAACGAAAUGCCGAAAGAAAAAUAAAUUAUAGUUCCAUUGAUUCUCUGUUGCAUGAAAUGGUGAAUACUUAUGAGUACAAUGACAAGUUAUUAAGAAAUGUAGAUAAUGGCCAUGCACAGCCUAAUGUCAGUUCUCAAAAAAAAAAUGUUAGAUCUGCUGUUCUAACCAAAACAACUGUUUGCGAUGAAUCAGAUGAUAACAAUUUACAGAGUUUAUGUGACGACUUGGUAAAUGUAACCCCGCAUGUAACCACAGCUUUAAAUGAUUACCAAAAAUUGGACUCUGUUUCAAAAGAAAAUUUGUGGUUGAAACUUGGAAAAGAAAUUUAUCAUAGACAAAAUAUAGAAAAAAAAUGUAUAGAUUUAGAAGAAAAGUUAACAAAUUGUGAAAAAAAACUGGUUGAAUAUAAAGAAGUAGAUUGCCAAAAAAAUGAUCUUCUUGAUGAUCUUGCUGCACGGUCUGCUAUGAUUUUAAGUCAAGUAAGAGCAUAUAGUACGAUCAAUGAAAAAAUUAACAGAGAUUUACAAUCUGAGCGCAAGAAUAAAAAAGAUAUCUUAGUAGCAAUGAAGGAAAAAAUUGAACAUUAUAAAAAUGAUACAGCUAAAGCUAUUUCUCGAAGUAAUUCUUACAAGUCUCUAACAGAGAAUGCUGAAAAACAGUUAAAUAAAUUAUUAAUUAAGUGUCAAAAAGUAGAAGAACAAGCAAAACAAUUACAACUAAGUAUUGAAAAAAAAAAUAAAGAAAAUGAAAGAUUUCAAAUUGAAUUAAUUAAAUUACAAGAAAAAAAUAAAAACAUAGCUGAAAAGUGCAAUAGAUCAAUAAAUAAGUGUAGUGAGUUAGAGAAAGAAGUAUUAGUAUUAAAUCAAGAAAAAAAAGUACUAUGUGAAAAAACUUUAAAAUAUGAUCAGCUUUUAGAUCAAAAGCGUGGAAUUGAAGACAUUGUAGAUCAAAUGAAAAGUACUCAGGCAAAAACUGCAGUGGAACUUGAUGCAGCAAACAAAAAAGUUAGAACUGUGAAAAAUGAUCUAAAAAUUUUUUAUCAAAAACAGCUUGAUGCUAUGCUGGCUGAAAAAGUAUCCGAUUAUCAGCGCAAAUUAGAUGGAAUUGUUCAAAUUACAAAUGAAGAAACAAAAUUGAUAAAACUUCAAAUGAAUAACCAAAUAAUUAAUUUUAAAGAAAGGUAUGAAAAAGAAAAGGCACAAAUCAAUUCAAAACACAGAGAAGAGUUGGAACGUUUCGAAGUAAUUAUAAAUGAUAAAUUAGAAUGUAUUUCUGCAUUAGAAAAACGUUUAGAAGCUGAAGUUCAAGAAAAGCGACAAUUAGUUAAAAGUGUUAUGGGAGUGGUAAAAAAUGUGAACAUUGAUAAUCAAUCAAAUUCAAAAUUAAAUAGUGAUAUUAAAUAUCAAAGAAAAAAACCUAAUAAUAAUAGUAAUUCAUCUUCAAAAUUAGAAGAUGAUUUUUCAUUUUUUGAACAAGAACGUUUAUUGCACCAAGUGACUCCAUCAGAAUUAAGAAAGCAUAUUGAAAAUCUCUUAAAUAAAUAUCCUGGAGAUCCUUUAGCGCAAACAUAAAAAUUGAAUCGUAUUAUAACUAUUAUUCGUACUGCAUAAAAUAUUAAAAUGUUAUUAACUAUAUUUAUAUACAUUAAUUGUUCCUUCAUAAAUUUAUUUAUUUUCAUGUAUAGAAUUAUAUAAUUUAU